AUGUCGGUCGACGACAUCGACGAGAAGGGCGGCGAGAGACAGCAUGAAGAGCCGUCCUCUUCCCACAUCGUUCCGGCCUCCCUUGAGGACGGCGAGACUUCGCCAACGAUCGAUUAUGCCGCUGAAGCUCGCCUGGUUCGCAAGCUCGACCUCUACAUAAUCCCUCCCACCAUGUUGCUAUAUUUAUUCUCGUUUCUCGACCGGGUCAAUAUCGGCAACGCGAGGCUGUACGGCAUGGAAGAGGAUCUGGGUCUGCAUGGAUCGCAGUAUCAGACGGCGGUGAGCUUGUUGUUCGUAACAUAUGUACUCGCAGAGACACCCAGCAACCUUGUUCUCAAGAAGUUACGGCCUUCUCGGUGGAUGGCCUUCAUAACCACCAGCUGGGGCAUCAUAGCAACGUUGACAGGCCUGGUGCAAAACUAUGGGGGAUUGAUUGUUUGCCGUCUCCUUCUCGGAGCCGUCGAAGCAGGCCUCUUCCCAGGAAUGACAAUCUAUCUCACGCUGUUCUACACCAAGAAAGAACUUGCUCUCCGCGUAGGGUACCUGUUCGUGUCAGCUGCACUGGCCGGCAGUGUCGGCGGUCUGCUUGCCUAUGGUAUUGGUUUCAUGGAUGGUGUCGACGGACAAAAGGGAUGGCGUUGGAUCAUGAUCAUUGAAGGCCUUCCCAGCUUUGUACUGGGAAUCGCGGUCUACUUCUGGCUCGCCGACGACCCAGAGACAGCGUAUUACCUCACCAACGGGGAAAAGGAGUUGAUGUUGAUCCGAAAACGUCGCCAGGUAGGCCACACCUCAUCCGCUGAUCUGUUGCACAAGGAAGAUGUAAUCAAGGCAUUCAAGGACUGGAGGAUUUGGAUGUUCGCUGUUGGCCAGUUUGGGGUUGAUACUAUGCUUUAUGGUUACUCAACCUUUCUUCCUACCAUCAUCAAGGGAUUGGGCAAAUGGUCAACAGCGCAAACGCAGGCACUUACAGUUCCAUGCUACGCCCUCGGUGCUAUCACAUACCUUGUCGUAGCUCGGCUCUCGGACAGAUUCCAGCGCCGUGCCCUUGCAGCAGUGACCUUUGCCUUCGUCAGCAUAAUCGGAUAUAUCAUCCUCAUGACUCCUGUCAGCGCGGGCGUCCACUUUUUCGCUUGUUUCUUGGUUUCCAUGGGUCUUUAUGUUGCCGUGGGAAUUCCACUAGCAUGGUUACCGUCAAACCUUCCGCGGUAUGGCAAGCGCACCACCGCGUCAGGUAUCCAGCUCACUGUCGGUAACGCUGCCGGUAUCUCGGCGCCAUUUCUCUACAAGACCACCGACGCGCCUAGAUACAUUCGAGGCCACGCUGUAUCCCUCGCCAUGGUUGCAAUGGCCGCGGUGAUCUACGCGGGUAUGUCGGUGUAUUUCAUAGCUCGAAACAAGAAGCGCCAGGCUGGAAAGGAGGAUGAGAGGAUGGUCGGAAAGACAGAAGAAGCAAUUGCGGAAAUGGGGGACGAAAACCCUCGGUUUGUGUUCACACAUUGA